AACGAUUCCUGUUUUAUCGUCGGUAAAACAAAAUGGCGAACAUCUAAAAAAUUACGAAAUUUGAAGUCUUGUCAAAAUUUGAAAUACAUUAACAAUUCAUUUUCAAAAAUAAUGUACUAAAUUUACAGUGAAACUUUCAUACUUUUUAGCUAUUUUACUAAUAUUAAGAUCAUCAUGGACAGCACAGUAGGAGACAACUUGCAAGUAAUCCCAUCAAAAACAUCCCAAACUCAAACAAUAUUCCCUCACGACCUAAUCGUUACAGAACCGAAAUCCGAACGAAAUGCAAAACCCUGGCCAUCGUAUUUAUGGGAUGAUUUGUCAUGUGGCAUAAAAAUGAAGCAGUUUUCAUAUGAUGAUCAUCAAGACUCCCUGAUAGAGAUUUGCCCCCCUGAAAGAUCCGUUUCAUCAACUGAAGAAAACCAUCCGCCGGACACAUGGCUGCUGAACGGACCGCUCGGUUCGAAAAACUCUCUGUUGGUGUUCAAAAGUUCCGAGCUGGCGAACAGCUCGGAACUGGCGAUCAGAGUCAAGCCGGCCUACAAACUGCACGUCACCUACAAAGUGCUGCAGGCGGAGACAAGACUGCUGUCGAAAAUUUUAGACUGUCACGGGGUCACCGAAGUUCCUCCCAACUCGUCGGAUUUUAAUUUGUUGUGGACCGGGUCCCAUCCCAAACCAGGUACAUUCAGAACAUUAGCGCCUCACCAGAGACUAAACCAUUUCCCGCGAGCCUACGAACUGACGAGAAAAGACAGACUGUACAAGAACAUCGAGAUGAUGCAGCACCAGAAGGGCUACAAGAACUUCGACUUCAUACCGCAAACGUUCGUCAUGCCGCUGGAGUACCGCGAGCUGUGCACGACGCACAACCGCAUCAAGGGCCCGUGGAUCGUGAAGCCGGUCGCGUCCAGCCGCGGUCGAGGAAUCUUCAUCGUCGAAACCCCGAACCAAGUGCCUCUGGAAGAGCCGGUGGUGGUGGCCAAGUACCUGUCGAAGCCGCUCCUGGUCGCCGGUCACAAGUGCGACCUCCGACUCUACAUCGUGGUUACCAGCUUCGAUCCUCUCAUCAUCUACAUCUACGAGGAGGGAUUGGUGCGGUUCGCGACUGUCAAGUACGACUCUAGUCACAAGCAGCUGUGGAAUCCCUGCAUGCAUCUGUGCAAUUACAGCAUCAACAAAUAUCAUAGUGACUAUGUAAGAUCUGACGAUCCUUCCGCCGAAAAUGUCGGCCAUAAGUGGACCUUAAGUGCAUUAUUGAGACAUCUCAAAUCAGAGGGCAGGGACACGAUUUCCCUGAUGUCUCAAAUAGAAGACCUUGUGAUAAAAGCUAUACUAGCAUCGGCUAACUCAAUCAUUUCCGCAUGUAACAUGUUUGUGCCUCAUUUAAAUAAUUGUUUCGAACUAUUUGGUUUUGAUAUUUUGAUUGACGACAGCCUCAAACCGUGGCUAUUGGAAGUUAAUUUGUCCCCGUCUCUUAAUUGCGAGAGCCCCUUGGACGUUCGGCUCAAGUCGGCCAUGCUCGCCGAUCUACUCACCAUGGUCGGGAUACCGGCAAUCGAUCCCGUUUUGAGGCCGGUUUCGACGAAGACCAGCAUCGGCAAAAUGAAACAACCCAACAAUUGUAGAAGAAGUUGUUCAGCUGACGGGUUCAGUAACACUUUUCCUAAAAAAAGUUCAAUUUCACCAACUAAUCAAGCUCCCCCUAACGGUGAAGAAAUGAAAAUCGUUAAGGCAGCUAAAGAACAAUUUGAAAGGAGGGGUGGUUUUGUUAGAAUUUUCCCUGCCAUUGACAGCUGGGACAAAUAUUCGAAAUAUUUAGACACCAGCACUGGCAUACCGCUAACAAUUCAAAGUUCAAGUGUCUAUAGUUUGACCGUUAAUCACAACUACAAUUUACUGUUGUUCACCCAAUUGUUCCCGAACGUUUUUAUUUCAGUGAACACCAAAAUGCAAGACAAAAUUUUGAAACGUUCAAGAUUCGGCCUAAAUACUAAGCGGGAGAUGUCUUUGGAUAGAUUAGCUGUUGAUAAAUCGGUAAACGGUCGACAAGACCGAUACGAACGGACCUUAAGUCAAGGCCACAAAUCGAUUUUGCACCCGAGAAAAAUUGUCAAAGAACCUGAAUCGAUUGAACUGAGGAAAAAGAUUGUGGACCUUCUGCAGAGCGGGAAAAAAAUUUCGCAAUUUGAGUCGAGGAAAACGUUCUCUCAUUACCUUGUUUUUGUGCUGAAAAGGAUUGUGGCCGGUCCCAACCAGGAAGAUCACAUCGACAUUGUCAUUAAGUUCUUACAGAAGGCUUCAAAUUAUGUUAGAACGCCUUUUUCUGUCAAGAUGCCAUGCAACAAAUUGGAUUUUAAAGACAGAACAGCAAUAACUGCCAAGCAAUUAAACGACUUUUUAUAUUUGUACAAUAGGGAAACUGAUUUGUUUGUUGACAAGAAAGAAAAACCAAAUCAAAUACCUUCUAGUCUUUAUAGUGAAUUUUUGGAACAUGCCAGAGAAUGUGAUUUGGAAGAAGUACUUAUGUACCAAACAACUCAAACAGUGCCAACGUACGGAGUAAAACCUGGCCUGCCCAGCGUGUUGAAAACGAUGCCCAACAAGCCGAUGGGCCCAAAACUGAGCGGUAACAAGAGUGCAGGCAAGGGCAGGGGCUCCAGGGUUUCGCCGUUAUUAUGAUCUCUAGCUUUGACCGGUUCAAAGUUUGCCACCCACUUAGAGGCUUUGACCUCCAAAUAGUUAAUCAUUUUUUUCCUUCUUCUUGUUUGUGAUAUUUUUAUACAAUUUGGCCACCAGAGUUUUAUCAGUCUUUUUUUUACUUAAAUAAAUGAAAAAAUAUUUUUAUAGUUUUAUGUUUAUUAUUAUUUUUUGUUGUUUUUCGAAUUUCAAUGGUUAUGGUUUUUUGUAAUUAAUUUAAUUAAGUCGUGUAGAAUCAAAAGCGUCACAUAUAAUUCUUAUCAGUUUCUCUACCAUUCUACAGGGAUAUUCGGUCGCUAAAUCUGCAUAUUGUGUUAAAACUGCAUAAGAAAAUCUUUAGUUUCAAAACCGGUCAAGUCCAGGUUUAGGUACUAUUAAAAAAUUGUCAUUUUUUCUACAUGCAGUUUUUUGCAUUUUUUCCUUUUGAUUUUACAUGACAUCUAAGUAUUAAGACAUCAAUUGUGAUAGCUAACACAACCAUUUGUUUUGCUCAAUUUUUUUUUGUUUUUUUUAUAGACCAAAGUUUAUUUUUUGUUUAUAAGUUUCAUGCAAUUAUUUUAUUUUUUGUUAUUUUACAAAUAUAAAUAUUUUAAUUAUAGGUUUUUACUAAUGUAUGGCUUAAUGUUUUGCUACUGUGGUAAAUUGCGUGAUUGAAAAAUGGAGGCUUCUAACUUUUUACAAUGUUAUUGAUAUUCUGUCGUUUUAUUUUGGCAAUUAAUUUUGAUAUUGUGUUUAAGAAACUAUUUUUAGAGUUGAAACUUUUAUGUAAUUGCCAAAUUAUACAAUUUAAAAAAUCAUCGACAACAGUAAUUAAUAUUGUAUUGUUGUUUCAUGUGUGUAAAUAGCCAUGCUGCCAAAAUUUGUGCAAAAGAAGAUAAACCAAAAACUACCUACACUCAAGUUUUUGGAUUUUCUUUUAGCAUUCUACUAUUGAAAACAAUACUAAUUCUUAUUUUUAUUCUGUAUUAUUUAACAGUAGAAUGUCCAUUAAAUUUUCGUACUUUUUAGUUUCAACCUUAGAUUAAAGAUGAGGCUUGUCCUAAGAUAGGAAAAAGUGAUUUAUGCUGUCUUAAAAGUAUAGAUAUAAAAUAUAUUUUACUAGAUUUCCUUUAAUCUAAGGAUUUACUAAUAAUAGUCUCACUUAUAGCACAUUUUUACACAACUUGUGAUAUUUACGGCUUAAGCUAUUUUUCAAUACUAAAAAUAAGGCAAAGUAGAUGUGCUAAGCAAUAAGUCUUAUGACAGUACAUAUACAUGUUUGCCUAAAUAAAAUUGUGUUUUAAGCUUAUUACUUGUCAUAAAGCUGAGCCAAGCAUACGUAAUUUUAUUUUUUGAUAAACAAAUCAUCACAUUCCGUACCUAAAGAAGAGUUACCUUUUAUUUUAUAUUUUACAUUAAAACUGAUUUAAAAAAAGCAGAGUUCAACCAAAAAGCCAAAGUUUUAUAUUAAAAAUCUGUUUUGAUGUAAUAUUUGCUAAAGAUAAAACAAUGUUACUAAUUAUUACAAGUAAGAAUGUUAACCUUUAACUUAGUUACCAAUAAUAAGGCUUUAGUUCAUUCUGAAACAUAAAUGCAUUGUUCAAUUUACCUAAUUAAUAUCCUGCUAUAUUUUUAUUUUGAUAUUAUAUUCAAACACAAAUUUUCACUUGGCACAAUUAAAUCAGAUACUUAAGAAAUAUUUUUAACAUUGAACAAUAUUUUGAUAAACAUUUACAUCCAAAGAUUGUUCUUUGUAUAUUUUAGUUUUUGUGGUGAUGCAGUAGCAUGUAAAAUAAAUUUUG